AUGAAUGUUGACGGCAAAUUCUGGAGAACGUUUUCUCGUGAAGAUUUGAGUGAUGUUGAGCAACUGGACUUUUCUUAUGCUAUCAAAAUAAGCUCUGUUAGAUUGUGCCGACAAGAUAUAGAAACAACUACACCUGAGAUACCAACAACCCCAACACCUCCUCCAAAUUGUCCUAAUGAAAUUCUAAUAACUAACGUGUCAAUUGGAAACGUUAAUCUUCUUAACUAUGGAUUUGGAAUUGGGUUUACUGAAGGCAAGAGUAUUAUUAUGACUGGAAAAUUACUAAAUGGUGGAAGUUGUAUUAAACUGGGAACUGCUGGUGUGCUUUUGGUAACUGCUGAUGCUGUCUUCCAUCUUAGUCCAGACAAUAAUAAAAAACAAGUAAAUAAAAUAGUUAUACAUAUUUGAGUGAAUAAUAAAUUAUU